CGGGCUUCCUUUUUGUACACAGUUUCGUUGCCCGUCGUAUGCGGUCAAGCCUUUCCCGAAAAGCUUCACCAAAACUCUUCUUCCCAGUAUCUAUUUAUCAAGGGACCUCCUAAUUUAUCCGCUCCACUUCAGCCAUCUUCUCCUCCCUUUCCUCUGCUUCCUCGCCUCGGUGAUGGGGAGAGCUCCGUGCUGUGACAAGGCAAAUGUGAAGAGAGGGCCAUGGUCUCCGGAGGAAGACAUGGUUCUCAAGUCCUACCUCGAGAGACACGGUACUGGUGGCAACUGGAUUGCUUUGCCCCAGAAAGCAGGGCUGAAACGUUGCGGCAAAAGCUGUCGCCUGAGAUGGCUCAAUUACCUGAGACCAGACAUCAAACAUGGAGGCUUUACCGAGGAAGAGGACAACGUCAUUUGUACACUCUACAACAAAAUAGGAAGCAGGUGGUCCGUUAUAGCUUCCCAAUUGCCUGGGAGAACCGACAACGAUGUCAAAAACUACUGGAACACCAAAUUAAAGAAGAAGAUGAUGGCAGCACAAGCAUCCCUCUCUACCACCACCACCACCAAUACCAAUCUCAUUACUCACAGCCCUUCACCAUCAUCACCUCCUCCUCUUGUCAUCCCAACCAUCAAAACCGAGUCCUACACCUGCGACGACUUCUUCACUCCUUUUAACCACGACGCCACCUCCGCAUUAGCACCUACAGACCCCAGCUUCAUGUUCGGCCACGGCACAUCGAUUCCAGUGGCGGGGCUUCCCGGGCCUUCCGGUCUCAAUGGGAGCGUUCAUCACUAUUCUACAGCGCCGCACGACGAUGCCUCCACGGCUUCCUGCAGCUAUGUCAACUGGUCAGCAAACGGGCCUGGCGGGGAUGAUGCCUUCUUCGCGGACUUCGGCUUGGAAUCGCCUUGUGAGUUCUUCAAUGGCUACUUCGGUUAUCAGGAGAAGAUUGGGCCGAGUGCUCCCAAUCAAGCUACGCUCGCUUCCAUGUUGGUCUCUUCCGACACCAAGCCACAGAUCACAUACUCAUAGCAAAGCCAUAGAAGAAAGUCCGUGAGAGAAAAGACAGCAUCAUCAUCAUCUCUUUUUUUCUUCAACCUUUGCGUGGCUUUUGGGUUAUCUUGAUGUACAUGAAUUACUCUGAUGUUUUUAAGCAGUUACUGGUGAUAUUUUACGGUUUGUUUCAAUUUAUUGCUACA